AUGAGUUUCCUGCGCAUGAGCGAGGCGGACCGCGCGGCGGCGCAGCGGAAGAAGCAGCAGCAGAAGGAGUUUCUCGAAGCGCAGAUGGUGGACCAGAACCGGUCGCGCGCCGCCGCGGCGCGCCAGGCGAACGCGGAGCUCAUCAAGGAGCGCGAGAUGCUGGGCCUCGAGGCCGGCGACGCCGCGGACCUCAUCGAGGCGCGGGACCGGCGCCUGCGGAAGCGCGCGGUCUUCGGCGCCGCGCCGGAGGACGACGACGACCGGUCGCGCGACCGGCGCGAGCCGCGGUCGCGGGACCGGUCCCCGGCGGCGACGCCGCCGCGGGACCGGCGCCGGCGGCCCCGGCAGCCCGAGGAGGAGCCGUCGCCCGCGUCCCAGCACUCGGGCGGCCGCCGGUCUCGCACGCCGCCGCGCCGGUCCGCGUCUCGCACGCCGCCGCGCCGGUCCGAGCGGAAGCGCGUCGCGCCGACGUCCGACGGCGGCGGCGUGAGCCUGCCCUACCUGGCGUCGCCGAAGCGCGACGACGACGCCGGCGGCCUCUACAUGUCCGCGCUCGCGUCGAUGAACGGCCCGUCGCACGAGGAGCGGGAGAAGAAGCGGUCCAAGGAGCUCGAGUUCCGCCGGCUCCUCGACGGCCAGCGCCGCGCGGACCAGAAGCGCCGCGACAAGGAGAAGGAGGCCAAGAAACGCGAGGACGAGCAGGACGCCGCCGAGUACGAGGAGUACCUCCGCCGCGAGCACCCGCCGCCGCGGCGCGACGGCGGCGACGGCAAGAGCCGGCGGCGGAAGAAGCGCGUGCCGGACUACGAGGGCGAGGAGUACCCGACGGAGGAGAAGCGGACCGGCUCGCGGGACCGCCGCCGCCGCGACGGCGGCGGCGACGAGCCGCGGCGCCGGCCCGUGCCGGGCCUCGACGACCGCGACUCGCCGGAGGAUCUGAAGCGGAAUCAUAGCAAGCGCGGCUUCGACCCCGCGGCGACGCCCGAGCAUCUGAAGCGGAAUCAUAGCAAGCGCGAUUUCGACCCGGCGGCGACGCCCGAGGAUCUGAAGCGGAAUCAUAGCAAGCGCGAUUUUGACCCCGCGGCGACGCCGGAGCAUCUGAAACGGAAUCAUAGCAAGCGCGAUUUCGACCCGGCGUCGACGCCCGAGCAUUUGAAACGGAAUCAUAGCAAGCGCGGCUUCGACCCGGCGGCGACGCCCGAGCACCUGAAGCGCGACAACAGCAAGCGCGGCUUCGACCCGGCGGCGACGCCCGAGCAUCUGAAGCGCGACAACAGCAAGCGCGGCUUCGACCCCGCGGCGACGCCGGAGCACCUGGAGCGCGACCGCAGCCGGAACGACUUCGACGACGACCCGGCGGCGACGCCGCCGCACCUGCGGCGCGACCGGAGCCGCCGCGACUACGACGACGGCGGCGACGGCCCGCGGCGGCGGCCGAUCCCGGGCCUCGAGGACCACUCGCCGCCGCGGCGCGGCCGCCGCGUGUCGCGGUCGCCGAGCCCCGAGGGCCGGCGGUCCCACGAGGCCGUCGACAAGCUGCAGACCAUGUACGACCAGCUCCUCGCGGAGCAGGAGACGCUCAAGGACAAGCUCGCGGACCUCGAGGACGAGAAGCGCGACGGCGGCCGCCGCGGGCCGCCGCGGCGGCGGCCCGCGCGCGCGACGGCGGACGCGCGGCGCGCGCAGCGGACGCGCGAGCGCGACGGCGACGCCUCCGAGGGCGACGCGUCGCGCGCGCGGUCGCAGCAGUCGCGCCGCGGGCCGGACCGGUCCUUCGGCCAGCGGAGCUCGACGGCCCCCGACUUCGAGGACGGCGCGGGCCCCCGCGGCGACGCGCCGCGGCGGCCGCGGGACAUGCGCCGGGCGCCGGCGGAGCCGCCCGCGGCGCGGAACCGCUGGGGCGGCGUCGUCGACGAGGCCGAGGAGGCGAAAAAGGCCGCGGAGAAGAAGAAGGCGAAAGGCGGCGCCUUCGCGCACAGGAAGACCGUGCCCCGCGUGCCCAAGCCGCGCCACGGCCGCCCCGUGCCCAAGCCCUCGCCCGAGAAGCCCGCGCCGCGGAAGCAGCGCGCGGGCAAGCCCGCGGCGCGCGGCGGCGGCCGGCCGCCCGCGGUCCCGCCGGACGGCGACGGCGACGACGCGCCGCGGCCGCGGCGCAGGUCGCCGAAGAAGCGGCCCAAGCCCCUCGUCGCGGGCCACGCGGACCGGACGCCGCGGCCGCCGCCGCCCGACGACGGGUUGGACGCCGCGGAGCCCGAGCUCCGGUCCACGUCCCAGUGGUGGCCCGUGAACACGGACCUCGCGCCCUUCUCCGGCGCGCCGGGCGAGGUCCACAACUCCGCGACGAGCAUGCUGCGCGGCGCCGCGCACAGCGCGCCGCAGCCCUUCUACACGAUCCACGUGGGCAACCUGUCGCCGGCGAUCCACGGCGACAUGCUUCGCUCCAUCUUCGGGCAUUUCGGCACCAUCGUCGACAUCCGGCUCAUCGCGCAGAACGGUCCCGCGAGCUACGGCUUCGUGGACUACGCGACGGAGGCCGCGGCGCAGGCCGCGCUGUCCAUGACGGGCACGGAGUUCGACGGCCGGCGGCUGCGGGUCGAGCUCGCGAAGCCGCCGGCCGCGCCCGCCGCGCCCGCCGCGCCCGCCGCGGCCGCGGCCGCGAGCGGCGGCUCGCACGAGAUCUUCGUCGGCGGCCUGUCCCUGGGCAUGCUGUCGGCGGAGCCCCUCGUCGCGUACUUCUCGCGCUUCGGGGCCGUCGUCGACGCGAACGUCGUCACGAAUCGGGCGACGGGCGCGUCCAAGGGCUUCGCGUUCGUGCGCUUCGCCGCGGCGCGCGACGCCGCGGCGGCGCUGGGCGGCGCGCCCCACGUCGUCGACGGCCGCACGCUCAACGUCGAGUGCAGCAACCUCGCGCGGACCGCGGGCGCGGCGCCGCCCGCGCCCGCCGCGGCGCCCGCGCCGGGCGCCGCCAAGGUCAAGGCGGAGGCGCGCGACCGGCGGCGGCGGCGGCGGAGCGCGAGCUCGUCGAGCAGCCGGAGCCGGAGCCCCGCGCGGCGGCGCAAGCGGUCCCGGAGCCGCGACGGCUCGCGGUCCGAGUCCCGGCGGUCGCGCGACGACGGCAAGCCCGCGGUCGGCGACGGCCGGGGCAUCGCCGUCGACGCGCUCUUCGACGCGGCGCCCAAGCUCGAGGAGUACGCGCGCAAGGUCGAGCAGGACACGCGCGCGACCUGCGGCGGCUUCGGGACCAUCCGGUCCGUCGUCGUGCCGCGGCCCCGCGUCGCGAGCCAGCGCGUCUGGGUCGAGUUCGACGACGCCCGCGAGGCCGCCGCCGCCGCGGCCUCCCUCGCGAGCCGCACCUACGACGGCCGCACGCUCGCCGUCGAGAUCGUCGACGCGCGGCGCGCGCGGUCCGCGAAGCCCGCGGAGCCGCCCGCCGCCAAGGCGCCGCGCCUCGCGGCGGACGCGGCCUACCACGGCGCCCAGCACAAGCUCCUCCAGGCCCGCGUCGACGAGCUCGAGGCCGAGCUCGAGGCCGCGCGCGCCUCCGCGAAGAAGGACCGCGACUUCCACUCGUCCCGCGUCGCCGCGCUGACCAAGCGGUGCGAGGACCUCGAGAAGGACCGCGACGGCGCGCUGCUCUAA